AUGACUGGGCUCCGCAUCGGCCUGUGCGGUUCGCUGACAACGUUCGCUGCGUGGCAGGCCGGCCUGAUCAUCGCAAUCCACGGAAACACAUGGAGCUUCCUCGAAGGCCUCGGGGAGGUCUUCCUUGCGCAGGGCGCCGGCGUUUGCGCACCUUAUUUGUUCCUUGCGCUGGGCAGGAAGAUUGCGCAGCUGCUCCCGGCCACCAGCGACCGCGCGGGCAUUCGGACCGUGCCGGAAGUCAGACCGGUCGCGACGGCACCUGCAGGCGGCAGGAGCCAAGACCUCCCGGGAGCAUCGGGCGCAUCGCACGGCCAGUUUGACGGCGUGGUCGUGUUUGCCGGCCCCGCCCUCGCGUUGGCCCUGUGGGAGUGCGUGUGCGUGCUGAACGGGUCGAAGCCCGCUGACCCCACGGGCCGCUUGUGGGCUUGGUCGCUGAUUUUCGCGCCCAUCGGUGCCAUGAUUCGAUGGCGGCUGGCGUCAAGCAACAAAGCAGGUCGGAUCCCAUGGGGCACGUUCACGGCAAACAUCGUCGCAACGUCUGUGGCCUGCCUCUGCUUCGGCGCGCUCGCGUCCGCCGUCGUCGGCUCCAACGUCAUUCCAGCCGAGGAGCGAAUCAUUCUCAGUGCAAUCGCAAUCGGGUUCUGCGGCAGCCUGAGCACAGUCAGCACACUCUUGACCGAGGUUCAGGCCAUGAGGCAAGGGCGGCAAGCCGGCGGGAAGAAGGGCGGUGGCAUGCGAUAUCUCCUGCUGAGUCUGACAACAGCGCUGGUUGCUGGCAACUUCUUCUUCGAGCUUGGAUCGAUCUCCGGCACAUCGCUCAUCAAGAGUCUCGGCACGAUCGUGGUCCUGUCGUUGAAAUACCUCUUCUCCUUCCUGUGA